UAUGAGGCUUAUUUUGUAUGUGACCGUACUGAAAUACUAAAUAAUCCGGAAAUUUCGCCUCUCACGUCCCUCGAAACGUCGUCCACCCUCAUCCCCCAUAUUAUGACAAUAACAAAUAACAAUAAAUCACCAGCAAUAUCGUGCAUUUGUGCGGGAGUGUCGCGUUACCAAGUAGGUGGAUAAGGUUGUCUUUUUCUCCACCGUGGGUUGACCGUGUGUCGUUAGACGCCGCGGUGUGUCCUCUCUCUCCUCCCCCACCCCUAGAUCCUGCCACCCCACUUCCCCCCUGUGGCAAAAACCAAAAAAUCAGGGAAAAACAAGGGGACAUUGUGAUAAACACGAGAACAAUUGCAAUUACCACGACAAUCCAGUGACAGUGUUGAUAUUUUCGGUGGUAUUAUCAGUUAUUACCAUCGGUUAUUCGCCAAUAUUAACGGCAAACCCAAAUGCUGGUCCUCCUGCCAUAGCAAAUUGCCGCCAGAAUAUUGGACAUCACCAGGGAGAGGAGUAAAUCCUGGGGACAAAGGCUGUUUUGUUUGUAAACCUCAACACCAAGGUUCUCCAUUAAAACCUGAAGAUCGACAUUUUCGAGGGUCUAUCGACGAUUUAUCAAGCACCACAUUGAAGCAUCCCCUGGAGGAAAACGACUUUCUAUCAAUAAAGAAAGAUCUCGAGUGGGAAUGUCCAUGAGAUAGGCAACAAUAAUCGUGCAAUUGUUGACAUCACGAGGAAAAAGUUGAGCAUCAAGUGAUAUUUUCAGUAAAAAGAGUAUAUUUCACCACAAAAAUCAAUUUAAAAUCUCCAUUCUUGUCUCAAAUGUUAGAAAUUGGCUCGAAAUCAACAAUAACCAGGAAGAGGAAUAAAUCCUGUGGGCAAAGGCUGUUUUGUUUGUAAACCUCAACAUCAAGAUUCUCCAUUAAAAGCUGAAGAUCGAUAUUUUCGAGGGUCUAUCGACGAUUUAUCAGACACCACAUUAAAGCAUCCCCUGGAGGAAAACGACUUUCUAUCAAUAAAGAAAGAUCUUGAGUUGGAAUGUCCAUGAGAUAGGCAACAAUAAUCGUGCAAUUGUUGACAUCACGAGGAAGAAGUUGAACAUCAAGUGAUAUUUUCAGUGAAAAGAGUAUAUUUCACCACAAAAAUCAACUUAAAACCUCCACUCUUGUCUCAAAUGCUAGGAAUUCCCUCGAAAUCAACAAUAACCAGGAAGAGGAAUAAAUCCUGUGGGCAAAGGCUGUUUUGUUUGUAAACCUCAACAUCAAGGUCCUCCAUUAAAACCUGAAGAGCGAGAUUUCCGAGGGUCUAUCGACGAUUUAUCAGACACCACAUUAAAGCAUCCCCUGGAGGAAAACGACUUUCUAUCAAUAAAGAAAGAUCUUGAGCGAGAAUUCCAUGAAAUAGUCAACAAUAACGUGAAAUUGUUGACAUCCCAAGAAAAAACCUGUGCCUCAAGUGACAUUUCCGAUUAAAAAAUACAUAUCUCCCCCCCUCUCCCCCGAAAAGUCCCCAAACCCCAAAAAACCAAAAAAUUCCCCUCCCGUCUCAAAUGUUAGAAACUCCCUCCUAGCCCUGACAAUUUCCACCCUCCCUUCCCCCAACAAAUGCAAAAAUCCCACUCCUGAUCAUCCCUCCCCCAAAAGCUGGGCCUAGUCCGGCUUUUCCCCCCACCAACACCAAAAUUCCCCCGAAAAUUCCCUCAAAAUCAACAAUAAUUAACAAAAUAAACAGUGCCCAAGAUAAAUCGCAUAUAAAGCGUCCCGACAAGGGGCGCCGAUAUGCGAGAACAAUAUCACCUCCCCCCGUAGUGAAAGAAGAGAUUGAAAUUAUUCAAAAUAUCGACAACAACAUUGAAAUACUGGAGUGCAACGGUUACAUAUACCACCUAGAGCCCAUCAAGAUAUAUCCCACCGAUCAAUUAGUCGUCGUUGACUCUGUCGGUGUGGAUGAAGACAUAACGACAAAUGAUACAAAUAAACAAUCGGUUAUACUUGAUACAGAUACAUUAACAGUGGCUAACGAGAGUGAUCAGGAUCACGCAACCCUGGCCAAUAUGUGCACAACACCUGGCAAUGCUGGCACUGGUUUUGGGUAUGCGUGGUCAUUCAAUCCGACAAAUGAAGGCAGAGACACCAACCAGUCUGACUUGACGGGAAACAUAAAUUAUGCUGUCAACAACAAUCAGGAUCAGGGUACGAGUCAGAAGAUCCAGGCCGAUGUCAAGCCCAAAGUGGGCAAUGCCACUCAGCCUGGGCACAGAAGACAGGUCUUUCAGAUGACUGAUAACUGUCAGACCACCCAGCAGCAGCAGCAGCAGCAACAACAGCAGCAACAACAACAACAGCAGCAGCAGCAGCAACAACAGCACCACCAGCAGCAGGCUGGUGCUGGUGGUGGUACAAGCACUGGAGCCCACAAUCAGACCCACAACACCCACCCGACCCACGUCACCCACGUUCGUACAAAAAAACAUCACGAUGUCUUCUCACUCACCUGCGACAAGGGCGGCUGCAACUGCGACGCAUCACACACAACCCCAGCGCCAACAAUAUUUCCCAACACCCUUGUCUUCACCACAACCGACAAACACACAAUGAGCAAACACUUUAUGACACCGAUUGGUCCAAUUCAGCUAACAGCUGAGGAGUGCAAUGAAAUUCUCAUGAAACGAGCUGCUGCUGCAUCGAACCAAGCCAACACCAACAAUGUCAAUCAGAAUCAGACAGAGAGUGGACACUUUGGUCACGUAUUGACCCACAUCAACACCACCCAGAUUGACACCAAGGUGAAGCAGCAGGACAUGGGGAGCCAGGCGAGGGUGCCCAAGGAGAGGCCCUACUCGUGCUCAGAAUGCGGAAAGUCCUUUCUCCUCAAACACCAUCUCACCACUCAUGCCAGAGUUCACACUGGUGAGCGGCCACAUAUCUGCGUGCACUGUGGCAAAAGCUUUGCCCACAAACACUGUCUCCACACCCAUCUCCUUCUUCACAGCGCUGAGCGACCUUAUCAGUGUCGAGAGUGCAAAAAGUCAUUCACACUGAAGCAUCACCUGGUGACACACACGAGGGUUCACACCAGAGAGCGGCCCUUUGUGUGUCAGGAGUGCGGAAGGGCUUUUCCAUUGAAGAGACAUCUGGUAACACACAGUAAAUUUCACUCUGGGGAGAGGCCAUUUGUCUGCGCCGAGUGUGGGGAGUCCUUCUCCCAGAAGGAUCAUCUCACCAUGCACUCGAGAUUCCACGGGAGUUUGCAUCCAUUUGUCUGCCCAGACUGUGGUGCUACCUUUCAACGAAAGUUUGAGCUCGUUAAUCAUGGUAGGCUGCAUGGAAGGGUGCCCCAUUCAUGCACAGUGUGUGGCAAAGAAUUCCUCCAGAAGAGAACGCUCCUGGCACACAUGCGACUCCACACUGGGGAGACACCGUUCGCCUGCACUGUCUGCGGGGAGGCCUUCCCCAGGAAGGCUGAUCUCGUUGCACACUCCAAGAUGCACAAUGCCACCAACACCGAUGACAAGUCACUCACAUGCAGGGAGUGUGGAUUGGGCUUUUCUAAUCGGGAAGCACUUACUUUGCAUUUGAGGUUACACGCUGGGGACAGGACACUUGUUACUGAUCUCUGCGGACUUGCUGCUGCCUUUCAACAGACACCUGGACACUUUCUUACCCCCAAUGCCACGGGAGCGCAUCAGAUGAACGGACCAAUCGGUGCACCAGGUGUAUCCCACAUGCAGAGUGGAACGCAGACCUCACCACCAGUAGGCAGUGGUCCAAAGCCCAAGCCCCACCUCUGCCCAGAUUGUGGUCGUGGUUUUGCCCAGAAACACGGUUUAUCCCAGCAUCAAAGACGUCACAGUGACGGCAGUUGUCACAUAAGAUCCCACAUCUGUGAUAAAUGUGGCAAGGCAUUCUUCCAGAAGAAUCACCUGCUGCUUCACCAACGCCAGCACAUGGAUCCACCACCAAGUAUACUCAGGCAACAGCAGCGACAGGCUGCGCAGGCUGCUGCACAAGCUGCACAGCAGAGUAGCCAAGCACAGGGGCAAGUGCAGGUGUCGGGACAGCAGCAACAGGUACAGCAGGUGCAGCCUGUGCAGCAGCAGGUACAACAGCAGCAACAGCAAGUCCAACAACAACAACAGCAGCAGCAGCAGCAGGUGCAGCAGCAGGUACAAGUCCAGGUGCAGCAGAAUCAACAGACGUGUACUGUUGACACUAAAACCAUUCAAAUGCAGACUAUUGAACAACAAGUGCAAGAACAGGUGCAGCAGCAGGUGCAACAGCAUCAGCAGCAGCAACAACAACAACAGCAUCAGCAGCAGCAGCAGCAGCAAGCGUGCAAUGAGGACACAAAAGCGAUACAGUUGAAUGUUACCAUGUGAAACGAUGGUGGGGGACAUUCUGGACAUUGUGAGGAUGAAAUAGCACGAAAUACACAGCCUCAUGCUGCAUACAUGCACCCACUUCUCUUGUACUAACAAUUUUACAAUUGGUGAUGCAUUUGCGACUGGUUGGGGGGGGGGG